AUGGACCUCGGGGAUUCUGAUGGCGGCUUCGGCGCCAGGCCCCGAGAUUCGCUCCAGAAGAAGCGGGAUCUGCCCGCUGACCUGCCUCGAUCCCUCGACGAUAGGAGACAUGUGCCGACCGAUCUGGUGCCCGAGACCGAGCUGUACGAUGGAUGGCAGGGACAAUCUCAGUUCUUAACCUCGCCCAUGCUGGCGAAGCCUCUAUCGUUCAGCGAUCUGGCUCUCAAUGACCCCAAUUACGACGAAGACCUUACCAAGGGCGGCCCAGACAGCGAAACCCGGCUGAUGGAGAUGCUCGCCGCUCAGGCUUCCCACGCCGCCAGUGCCGCCUUCGAUGACGAAGAUGCCGUCGCCGCUGACGGAUCAAGGUCCGACGACGAAAAGCGGGAUGUGCUGCAAAAGACCUUUAUAAUGGCUGCCAGCAACGGGAACCUCGAAUCCGUCAACAAGAUUCUGAACGGCAAGGCGAGGCAGUACGUUGACAUCAAUGCGCCCGACGACGAGGGCACGCCCGCCCUCAUAUAUGCAAGCUGCUUUGGCCACGAGUCAGUGGUGCAGGCUCUCAUCAACGCCGGCGUUGACGUCAACAAGCAAGACCGCAACCACUGGAGCGCGCUUAUGUGGGCAAUGACAAACCGGCACAAAGGGAUCGCUAAGUUGCUGUUGGACAACAAUGCUUCCCCGGAAACGAAGACAUCGUCGGGGAGGACGGCCUUCGAUUUUGUCCCUCCGGAUAGCGAGAUGUCCUUCUAUCUUAGCGGGUACGGCAUCGGAACCGCCGGCACCGCUGACGACUUCUACAACCCGGGAUUCACUCAGGAUAAGUUUGAGGAGGAGCUCGCCGAGAAUGAAAUGCGGCGGCGCAUGAUGAUGGAAAGUGCCCGUGACCUGGAAGUAGAUCUCGGUAACGUGGGCAUAGAUGACCAGCCUGAGUCUCAGGAUGAGUUUGAAGAAGAGCAGCAAGAGUUUGAUUGGACCAGGUGUCUACAUGACCAGAUGUUCGUUUUCCAGGAAAACGAGCUGGAGCGCAUUCUAGAUAUCGUCAUAACGAACAUGACGCCCCAGCGGUCGCCUUCUCAAAAACCGGUUCCCGCAAACAUGAUUUUCCUAGGAGCCAGAUACGCGCAUUACCAUGCCAGCCGCGAAUUGCUGGCCAACCUUCUCGUUACUGCCAUGGAAAAGAUCAAUGAUGUGGUGGGAAGACACCAGUGGGACAUGACCAUCCUGGCUUUCUGGAUGUCCAACGCUACACUCUUACUGCACUAUCUCAAGAAGGACGCCGAGCUCGUCGAGGCUACAACCGAGUUCCAAGCACAGCUUGCCGAACUGAUCAACGAGAUCUUCAUACUGAUAGUUCGGGACGCUGAGAGGCGCUUGGACAAAGUACUCGAUGUGGCCAUGCUUGACCACGAAACGAUCCCAGGGUUUGAGGACAUAACGUUCCAGAAUGAAUGGAAGCUCUUCAAGCGGAGGAAGGAGGUUAAAGAAGAACCUCUGGAAAAGCGGUUACGGCCGCCGUCGCCCAAGCAAAGAGCGAAGCCGUCGCCACGAAAUGUGACGUCGCUCCUCUCGUCGACCCUCUUCGUCCUAGACCUCUACGACGUACACUCUGUCAUCACGGCCCAGAUUAUCUCACAGCUGAUAUACUGGCUUGGCGCCGAGCUCUUCAACCGCAUCAUGUCAAAUCGCAAGUAUCUCGCCCGCACAAAGGCCAUGCAAAUUCGCAUGAAUAUAUCUACGCUCGAAGACUGGGCGCGCCAAAACAACCGACAGCCGGAGCACUACGAAAAGGGCGAGAUGAAGUCGAGCGGCGAGAACACGGUGGACGCGGCCCGCCGACACCUGGCCCCCGUCAUUCAGUUGCUCCAAUGGCUGCAAUGCUUCUCGUCGCUCGGUGCCGACGACCUCGAGGCCCUCGUCGGCACCCUCCAGCAGCUCCGCGCUCUCAGCCCCCAGCAGCUCAUCCACGCCGCCACGCACUACCGACCCGAGGUGGGCGAGAAGGGCCUGCCCAAGAGUGCCAUGAAGUACCUCGCCGCGAUCCAGAAGGAGGUCGCCCUGCGACGCGAGAAGAAUCGGGCCGCCGCUGCUGCUGCCGCCACCGCGGCCGCCUCCCCGCCUUCUACACCCGGCGGCAAGCAUGUCGGGUCCAAUGGACACGGGGCAGCUGGCGGGACGCCGGCCACGCCCAGGCCGGAUGAUGACGACGGCGACGAAGAUGAUCCCCCCGCCAACCUCCUCCUGGACCCGGCACUGAUGCUGCCCUUCACCCUGCCGAGCGCCACGGACAUGCUGGUCAGCUAUGGAGCCGGGUUUGGCGGGGUAAACCGCGAGCGGGAAAGGAAGUAUAUCCCGACCAUACCGCCCGAGUUCCUAGAGAAGAUUGAGGCCGGGGCCGGCGCCAGAAAGGGCCCGCCGCUGUAUGGAGAGAAGGACUGGGAGAAUGAGGAUGUCUGA